AGCCACAGCCACAGCCACCGGGCAGGCGGCACAGGGGACAGGAGGAGCCAGCACGCUGCCACCAUGCUGCCCGCAAGGACUGUCCUGCUGCUCACCCUGCUGCUCACCUUCUCCCUGCACCACGCCACAGCCCACUUUGCACCCGUGGAAUGCUGCUUUAAGUAUGCACAGAAACGCAUCCGACACCCUCAAAGCUUCUACGAGACAUCCAAGGACUGCCCCAAGCCUGCAGUUGUGAUUGUGGCUGCCAAUGGUGAUGAGAUCUGUGCCGACCCCAAGAAGGACUGGGUGAAAAAAAUCAUAAAACGGCUUCAAAAUAAAACAAUAGAUCAGUCCAGCAUCUGACUUGCCCAUCCAGUCUUCCUGUCUCUCGAGGGAGCCAGCAGGGCUGGCAGCCCUUCUCCCGCGGGUGCUGUGGCCGUGGGCACCGCCACUGCAGGAGGAGCCGUGCUGAGCCCCGGCAGGAUCAGGUGUCACAGUGCCAUGGAGCUGCCAGCUCCCGAGCUCCUCCUGCUGCCACUGCCCUGCCAGGAUGUGCCUCUGGAGCAAAUAUUUAUAAUAAAGACUCAUUGCCACAA